AUGCCAACUCCUCAUCCUGACAACGAUUUAAUUGAUAAAAAUGAUUUGAUUGCUCAAAAUAUCAAUUGUGAAAAUGAUAAAAUUUCUGACGUUUCUGAAAGCAGUGAAGAGGUGAUUGAGCAUGAGGAGGAUGUGUGCGAUGAGGAUUGUGGUGGCACGAAAAUAGGAAUAGGGUAUUCAGGCGACAGUUAUACUACUGUUAACUGGUUCGCCUGGAACUGUGAGAAAUCUAACAAAACUUUAAAAUGUGUUGACUUAAAAUCUGCUUUCUGUGAUGAACAAGUUAUGUGUGAACCUCCUGUGUUUGUUCCAGAAUUGAAACAAAACAGAUUCGGAAAAUUCCUCACUGAGGAAAUUCCAGAAUUUGUUCCAUCCCAUACAGGUACCUCAGAGUCAGAGAAAGAGCCAAAUGAAGAAAGCAGCAGUGAAGACUCAAGCACCACAACUUCAGAAGGUGGCGAAGGAAGCUCAAGUGAGGAUCGUGAUUCAGAUUCUCAGUCAUAUCAAGAAUGGGAAAGCUCAAAUGACUCAGAAACUUCAGUAACAAAUGCUGAUAAAAAGGUUGAAAACCUUGAACCAUCGGGUGUUCUAGAACCAACAACCCCAAAUGACUCUGCAAGUCUAGUAAAUCAAGAUCCAUUGGAAAAAGACUUCCACAUUGAUGAUUGCACGAGUUCAGAUGAUGAAUCAAAGACAAAUGAAAGUCUUGGGGAGUCAAAGAUCAAAAGAUCAUCUAAAAUUGUCGAACAUCACGUUUGUCAACAUCCUGAGUCAAGCUCAAAGCAAUCCCCGCCUCUAGCUGCAUCACAGGGAACUGCAAAGUCUCAAAAGCCAUUCAAGGCUUGUUUUAGGUGUGGAAAAGAAGGUCAUGUGCUCAAACAAUGCCCAUAA